UUCAUGGUUUGCGUGAGAGAAAUAAGUUGGACAAGGUGUCAAUUAAAGUCCCAACCAUGUAGGAUCCACCUUUUUUUUACCGCAUAUAGGACAUUGUACAAACUACAUAAGCAAUCCAUGUUUGCGAGAAUAAUGCGCCAAACUCAAAACUGUCAAACAAGCCUCAGAUGCAGGUUCCACUUUCUAACCAUCUUGUACCACCCACCCAAAAGUCCACACAUAUAGGACUGUUUCUCAACACCCCAAGUGAUUUUCAAGCCUUUCUCAGAUCUCAAAUUUCCCCUAUAAAUCCCAUCAUCUUCUCCCAACUUUUCAAGCUUGUUUCACCUUUCCAAUUUUAUAUCCGACCAUUUUUUUGGCAACUUUCUCAAGCUCUUGCUAUCUAAGUUUUUUCAUGAGCUUGUCAUAGAGUUCUUCAACCUUCUCCAAAACAAAACCUUUCAAAUGAUCCCUCUUUUUUGUAGCAUUCUUUCUGUCUUGGAGGUCAUCUUCCAUCCCUUGAAACCUUAGACACAGGACCGUAAAACAAUCUCCAAUUAUUACCAACCUUUCUCACACUCCAUGGACGGCGAAGAUAGCAUUAACCAUCUUCGUGUUGCCUCGUUUUCUGCUUACCUCAAUACUCCAGAAGAGAAGAACUUUGUGCUUAAGCUUGAUGGCGCGAUUAUGGAAUCCAGUCCAGCAAUCAUUUCACCUGAAGAGACUCCAAGAAGCUCAGGAAGAUCAAAGACUAAAGAGGGUGAAAUCAGCAUCUUUGGUGCUGACAAGUAUUUCAACAUGAAAAUGGAUUAUGGGACUCGAGGAAUGACUGACAACAAAGAGAGGAAGCAGUGGCAGAAGAAGGAAGACCGCGAUGAUCUGCACCACCUGAAACCGAGAUUCAGGACUGGAACACCUAGUGCUCCUUCUGAAGCAAGCUGGAAUAGCCAAGCUGCACUUUUACCAAGUCUCGCGAAAGCCUCGCCCCAAAUGAAGCAAAAGAGGGCAAUUGGAAAGAGGUUUUUCCUUGGUUUUGGUUGCAGUGUACCUUGUAUGGACAAAAAAUCUGUUCACACCAGUGAAAGUGCUGAGCAAAACGAAUCCAAGCAAUCCCAACAUGGAUCAAAAAGAGGAGAUCAUUUUGCGUUCCCAAUUCUCAAUCCCGGGGUGGAAAAUUUGCCAGUUAAAAAGCAGUUAGAAGAAGAAGAAAAAAAAACCGAAGAAGAGGCGCGAAAGUCACUUGAGGUGUUUGGCUCCAGUACGACGAAAAAGGGUGACAUAGCAGUGAAUCUUGAGAGGAAACUGUCCAUGCUAACCUGGGAUGCCAUUCCAAAAGCCCCUACCCUUCCAACAACUUUGGUGGGAAGUUGUACUGCAGUGUGUGAUGAUAUGGCAAGUGAUGCCAGUUCGGAUCUAUUUGAGAUUGAAAACAUAUCAGGCACCGGACAGUAUUCAUUGCUAACAAGGCAAGCAUCUGACAAUAUGUCUGGCUGCAUGACCCCAACCACCUUGUAUGAGCCAAGCGAAGCCAGCAUUGAGUGGAGUGUCGUCACAGCUAGUGUUGCAGAUGUCUCAGUUAUAUCAGAUUAUGAUGAAAAGUAUAUUAUCAAUGCUGGUGACAUGACUGGAGCAAUCACAACCAGUAAAGCAGCCAAAACCAGAAGCAUAGCGAGCAACGCACAAAAGAACCUCCCUGGUGGACUGUUGGGGUGCAGGGCUCACAAAGCAGUAAGUGUUGCUGAAACUGCAUAUAGGGCUAAUGGUAAGGCAAGUCCCAUCUGAGUUGGGAAGUCACAAGCUGAGACAAAGACAAAGGGAAAGAUACUGAAUUCUCAAUGGAACAAAUUUUCUUUGUCUUGAAUUAAUCUUCCCAUAGCACUCUAUGAAGAGAAUCACUAUCUGUGUCAGCGGUAGGGUUGGCCUAAGUGGAUGAAAAUGUUUGAGAAACCUUCUUGAAAUUUUUGUACUUAUCAUUAUUAUUUUUUUGGGUUAGUAAGUAAUUGUUUUCAAGUGAUUGUGUACUUAACUUGUAAUAAAAUAAAAUUUCACUUAUAGGUA